CUGUCGAAAGUUAGCUACGUCGCUAACUUCACGCAGAUUUUUCAUAAAUAUUUAACAAAAUAACAAGGCUCGUGUAAUAGUAUAACGCAUUGUGUUUAUCUCGGCUUAUUUCUUUGAUGAAGGCUUUUCCACAAACAAGUGGUUUCGAUUUAGUUAUCCGUUUUGCUCUAUGGACCGUCCGAUAUGCAAGCAUUAUUAAGUACAUUUUUAAUAACUGUACAAACAAUCGAAAUUAUAUUCCGUUGUCCAUAACUAGGACUUAAAUGUAUGGCAAUCCAUGAAUUUAUUUGGUCAGGUGUUUGCUGAUAACCUAAUAAGUGAUCAAAGUUAUGUCCAGACAUUUUGUUUCCUUCUUGUGCUAACGUGUGUGUGUAUGAAGCAGCUACUACGUCACAGCAUCAACUGGUCACCAGCGACUGUUUGGCGACGUCUGACGUGCUUCCUUUCAUUUUCGUGGCGACGGAAAUAUGAUCGAUUUUUUGUAUUUCAUAUCCUAAAAAUACCCUCAAUAAGUAACCACCAUCAAUGCAAGUAAACGACUCAUUGCAAAGGUAUAAUACCACCUCGAUGUACUCUUAAAAUUUGUGGUUGUAUCAAAAAAGAAGAGAAACUUCUAAUAAAAAUGCAGUUAACAUUAGAUUUCACUUGUAUAAUACCUUUGGGUUUAAUACUCCUUUUGAUAUUUCAUCCAUCUGCCCCAGCUAUACUACCAUCCGAUAACGGAGUGACAUGUGAGCAUUUCGAUGAGACGAACUGUACGAAACUUGGCGAUUGUACCUUCACAAUGCAGCAUUGCAAAAUAGACUCAGAAAAACCUCCAGGUUGUUAUGUACUGUGGACAAAGAACGAGGCAACUGGUGAAGAACGAAUAAAGAUGAAGGGAUGUUUCUCACACACUUCAGAAUGUAAUAAAACGGAAUGUGUGACAAAUAGCGAACCACGAAAAAACAUCUAUUUUUGUUGUUGUAGAGGAUCUAUGUGUAACACUGAUCAAAAAUGGGAGCCUACAACUACAGAGGCAACUACACAAGUUCCGAAAGAAAGGACACCAGAAGAUACGGAUUUAGUACCUAUUAUAAUUUGCUCAUUCACAUUGGCUAUAUUGAUAACAAUUACUGGAGUAUUGUUGUUUUGGUAUCGAAGGCAUAAACAAGAGAAUUUUAACGAAAUACCAACAAAUGAAGCCGAAAUAUCCAAUGCUUCGCCUUUACUGAGCAACAGGCCCAUUCAGUUGUUGGAGUUGAAGGCCAGUGGGCGAUUUGGUGAUGUAUGGCAGGCAAAGCUACACAAUCACGAUGUCGCCGUAAAGAUCUUUCGUAUGCAAGAAAAAGAAUCAUGGAAUACCGAACUGGAGAUAUAUAAGCUUCCUCGAAUGCGGCAUCCAAAUAUAUUGGAAUUUUUAGGCCACGAAAAACAUACUGAAAAUAUUCAGCAUGAAUUUUGGCUCAUUUCUGCUUACCAGCAUAACGGAUCAUUGUGUGAUUAUUUGAAAUCGCAUACAAUCACUUACAAGCAGCUCUGUCGUAUUGCCGAAUCCAUGUCGUGUGGUUUGGCGCAUUUACAUGAGGAAAUUCCAGCAACCAAAGCCGAAGGUCUAAAACCGUCCAUUGCCCAUCGAGAUUUUAAGUCAAAGAAUGUUUUGCUGAAAAACAAUUUGACUGCAUGUAUUGCUGAUUUUGGAUUGGCAAUGAUAUUUGAACCGGGAAAACCUUGCGGCGACACCCAUGGUCAAGUUGGCACAAGACGGUAUAUGGCCCCAGAAGUUUUAGAAGGUGCCAUAAAUUUUAAUCGUGAUGCUUUCUUGCGUAUAGAUGUUUACGCUUGUGGCUUAGUACUAUGGGAGAUGGUAUCCCGUUGCGAUUCCACUGGACCAGUUUGCGAUUACCUACUGCCAUUUGAAGCAGAGUUGGGACAAAGACCCACACUAGAUGAGGUUCAGGAAAACGUCGUGAUGAAGAAAUUACGCCCUCAAAUUCUAAAUACGUGGCGUUCCCAUCCUGGUAUAAGCAUUAUAUGCGACACUAUGGAGGAAUGUUGGGAUCAUGACGCCGAAGCUCGACUAUCAUCGUCCUGUGUAAUGGAGCGUUUUUCACAAUUACAGAAAUAUCCCGUCGCACCGCUUUUAAUUCAAAACAAUACCAACAUCUGUGUGGACUUGAGGGAAUCUAUAAAUUCAUAGAAUCUGUGUUAAAUCACUGCCAUUGUUGUAUAGUGAUGUGGAAAAAUACGCGCCCCGUAAACAAAACAGAUUUAUUUUUUUUUAGUCUUGUUUGUUUCGUUAUAUGUAUGAAUGUAAGUAAAUAUCUUCCGGGACAUUUGCGUUUGAAUGGAGUGACAGUUAUUGCCGCUAAAUCAUUUCUGGUGCAGCAUGAGAGUAACAACGACUAUAGUUGUUGGGAAUAUUUUUCCUAUUUAUUUAUUUAUUGAUGUAUGUAUGUAUGUGUUACUACCAAUGUUAUAUGUUUAAGCCAAAAUGUUCGACUAUUAACAAAAAAAAAAAAAGAAAAAACUUGUAUUGCAAAUCGAAAUACGAAUAGGUUAAUGAAAUAUGCAGUCUUGUCUAGCCAUUGUUGUUGCGCCGUGUAAUGUGUUUUUUUUCAAAUACUUGUAGUGUUGAUUCUUGUACAUUUACAUUUUGGUUAAAAGCAACGAUGGAACUAACUAUUAUUCAAAAUUCAAAUAUUUUUCGGUACAAAUACAUCAUCUAACCAUCCAUUAGGAUUUUUUUCCAAGCAGCUAAUUCAUUUGGUCUGGUUAAAUAUCAAUUGCAACACGCUUUUGUUAUCUUUGGAAGGAAAUCAAAAUUACAUAGUUUUUGGUGAUUAUUCCCAGUGUAUUGUCAAAAGUUAUAUAUAAAGUCAUUGCUAUUGAAUGAAUGGUGAUCUUAAGACUUCGUUACUACAUGUAAAGACACAAAAAUUAAGUAAUUUGAACUAUUUUCAAAAAUUAAAAAAUGUUAUGACGGUCUAAAUGUUCUCAUUCAUGUUGCUUUUUAAUGUCUUCACAACUCAAUUUUCGGAGUUGUAAUAAAUUCCUAAUUCGUACUUUCAUCAUUGCUUAUGAUUUUUUUACUCUUCUAAUUUUACUUGACGUGAUCUUCUUAUAAAAAUUAUGAAAUCCAUUUACAUAUUUUAGAAAUUUCUCCCAACUUGCUAUUACAAUAUAGUUAACAUACCUUUGAGGUAAAACAUCGUUGGGCGUAGAAGGAAAUAUUUUUGUAAUUAAAUGUUCCUAACGAAUUCUUUAAUUUUAAAUAUAUCUUAUAAAAAAUGCUUUACAUUUCAUUUUGGCUUGCGCUUAGUAUCGACCAAAAUGUAUAAAUUCGCAUACAUUUUUUACUGUGUACUACCUAAAAAAAGUCGGUAUUAUACAUACAUAUUUCUUCGGGGAGGUCACUAUGGUGAAUUGGAGAAGAUUGGAGUGUCCACCUAUGACUAUGAACGCCUGGGUUCGAAUCCCGGCGAGAACAUCUGAAUAAAUUCUCAACAGUGGUUAUCCCCUCACGAAAUGGCCUGACUAAUUUUGUAAACCUGUACAAAUUCUAUAAUUGGAAAGACAUUCUUCUAUAUAUCCACACACGGGUAUUGCAUUUUAGAAGAAUUUUAGCAUAUUUUCCCAUACUACAUAUCAAGCUUAUUGAAUUCAGUUUAGCCAUAGUUGUAUCGCUAUGUUUAGUUUUAAAUUACUUAUAAUUAUACAUAAGAUAAAAACAAUUAUAAGUUUAACACAAAGGUAACAAAAAUAAAAUUAUACUUCUGGAUUUUCUUCUUAACAACUA